GAAUUUUAUCAUUUUAUUCCACAUUGUUAUCUGCCUUUAAGCAAACGUCUUUGAAUAGGUACCUGUAGUUAAUAAUGUAUAUCGCAUAGUAUGCUAGUACCUUUCUAUAUUUUAUCAUUGUGACACCGUCUACAYUCUACAACAAGUACAACUAGUACAACCUUYAAUUAAUAUAUUUGGAACGCAAGAACAUCAAAAUGUAUAGAAUUUCAUUACAUUUACUAUACUCAGCAGAAUUGUUAUUUUUAUUUAUUGUAACAACAUCAUCUAUAAUUCAAUCUCCACCAAGAAUUGUAAAAGAAUCUAUUACAGAUGAAGUACUCUUUCAAGUACCUACUGCUGAAUCUCAAAAUUAUGAGUUUUUUGUAAUUGAUUGUGAAGCAGAAGGAGAACCUGCUCCAAAGUAUCGAUGGAUGAAAAAUGGUAAAAGUUUUGAUUGGCAAGCAUAUGAUGACAGAAUUUUUCAACAACCUGGCCGUGGUUCAUUAACUAUAACCGAACCCAAAGAUGAAGAUAUUGGACAAUAUCAAUGUUUUGCAGAAAAUACUUGGGGUAUAGCUACUUCUAAAUCUGUGAUGGUUGUGAAGACUGAAUUAAAUGAAUUUAAAAUUGGAUUAAAAAUCUAUAUUGAAGCUGAAGAAGGUGAUCCAUUUAAACUUGAUUGUAAUCCUCCAUAUGGAUGGCCUAAGCCAAAUGUAGAUUGGCUUGUAAGGAAUAAAAAUGGUGGCAUAAAACCAGUUAAAAACUCUAGAAUAACAGUAGAUCCGGAAGGUAAUCUCUGGUUUUCAAAUGUAACCAGACACGAUAUUAGUGAUGGAUCUAUAUAUUAUUGUUAUGYUGAAUCAUUGACAACGAGCGAAUAUAAAUUAGGCAAUCCUGUAUAUKUGAAUGUUACUCAAACUGYAGAAACAGCUUUACAAAAAAAAUAUCCACCUACUCAACAAUAUGUAACUAGAAGAAAUGAAAUAGCAUUAUUGGGUAAAAAUGUUGAAUUGUUUUGUAUUUAUGGUGGAACUCCUUUACCAGAAACUGUUUGGCUCAAAGAUGGUAGGCCUAUACAAUCCAAUGAAAGGGUAAGCCAAGGAAAUUAUGGAAAAAGUUUGGUCAUAAAGAAAGUUAAAUUUGAAGAUAAAGGAAAAUACACAUGUGAAGUUAGCAAUGGUGUUGGAUCACCUCAAUCAUAUAACAUUGAGCUGGAUGUUAUGGCUGURCCUUAUUUCACGGUGGUUCCGCAAAUUGUGGAAGGAGCUGAAGGAGAAACUGCAGUUAUUAAGUGUGAAGCUAGUGGYAAUCCAGAACCUACAAUUAAAUGGAUUCAUAAUGGUCGACCAUUAASUGAAGCACCACCAAAUCCUAGACGUUCGGUUACUUCUAAUAGUAUAACAAUUACAUCAUUGAUUAAAAAUGAUACUGGAAAUUAUGGUUGUAAUGCYACCAACAGUAUUGGAUAUGUUUACAAGGAUGUUUAUAUAAAUGUGUUUGCUAUGGCUCCUGAAAUCACUGAACCAUCUCUUGAGGUAGAAUUUGAUGUYGACGUAGCUAUUACUAUUGGCUGUAAAMAUUUUGGGGUGCCAAAACCACGAGUUAAGUGGACAAGAAACAAUAUAGAAUUAACAGAUGGACGUUAUUCAAUACUGGACAAUGGAGACUUGCAAAUAAGUGACGGUAAAAUUACUGAUAUUGGAAACUAUACUUGCAUCGUAACUAAUCGCUAUGGAACAGCAAGUGCAUCUAGAACACUUACUGUUAAAGUUGAUCAAAAUAUGGAGUAAUAUUGCUUAUAAUGGAUGUAUACGUAUGUCCAAUAACGUAUAGAAAACGCAUAUUGAUUUACAAAUAAAAAUAUAAAAAUAUAGCCAUUUACAAGAAAAUCAAAUUUUUAUUUUUAUACAUCAA